AUGCCGACUUUCCUUCAUGUCUUUGAGCCUCGGUAUCGGCUCAUGAUCCGACGAGUGAUUGAGAAUGGGAAUGGUAAGUUUGGCAUGGUCAUGUAUAAUCGGCGCGGUCGACUACAGCUUGGGCAUGUGGAUGAUGCACCUUUUAUGCAAUACGGAACGCUCUUGAUGAUAGAGCGAUACGAGUUGCUUCCUGAUGGCCGCAGUCUUGUUGUAGCGACAGGUGUGUCGCGAUUCAAGAUCAUCGACUCUGUGAUGGUAGAUGGCUACUAUGUCGCUAAAACAGAGCGGGUUGAAGAUAUCUCGCUAGCAGACGAGGAGCGACUGGAGGCUUUAGAGACCUCAAGCAAUGGCGAAAAUAUUUUGCCAGAAGAGAUCCCCUCUGACCCUGCGUUGGACUCGAUGUCUACGCAACAACUCCUCCCUCUCUGCGCGGGAAUUCAUCAGCAGCCAGCGUAG